AUGAGUAGAUUGUCUUUCAGGCCUCGACCACUUGACAUCCACAAGAAGCUCCCCAUUGUCAAGUCCAUCAAGGACUUUGAAGACGAUGAGGCACCUGCUUCUACCCGGAAUUCCCAAUUGUUACGUGCUGUUCCUGAGGUUGAACAUGAGGUACAUCAUCAAACCCCCAGCAAGAAAUUGGCUGCGGAAAUACCUACUCCUCAGUUUGUUAUUGUGGAUACAUAUGAAAGGGACUAUUCUUGCACUUUCUCUCAACCAACUUCCUAUUUGCGGGCAAGAGGAGCUCGGGCUGAGAUUGGAGAGUUUGUUGAGUAUGACUUAGAUAACGAAGAUGAGGAUUGGCUUUACCAUUUUAAUAAAGAGAGGAAGAUUUUGGCACCUGAAAUGUUUGAGAGUCUUCUUUUCAAGUUGGAGGUAUUGGAUCAUAAAGCUCGUGAAAGAGCUGGACUUAUAACACCUACUCUUGGUUCACCAAUUCCUGUGCAACUACGGCUUGAUACUGCUAUUGAGGCCUUACAAGCGCAGGGCUUCAAAUAUCCACUUAUCCAGUCUGUAUAUGAUUAUUGGAAAGAGAAGCGAGAACGAUGGCAAAAGCCUGUUUUGCGACGUUUGCAGCCACCUCCACCAGUUAACGACACCAACCCAUAUAAUGUCUUUCGGCCAAGGGAGAAGGCCCACAGGCUUCACACAAGAAGGAUGCAAAGAAGGGAGAACAAUGUGCAGUCAUUUGAAAAGCUUCGCCAGGUCAGGCGCAACCUUGACCAAGCUAAGAGCUUGUUGGAAGCUUUGAUCAAGAGGGAGGAGAAAAAAAGAGAAGUAAUGGAGAGUGAAGUUACAUUGCAGAGGAUGCAAAUGAAGUACAAGCAUGAAACUGAAUUUUUGGAAGACAACUUGGCAUUCUCUGGCUUUACUGCUUUCUCUUCCAAGUUUGUUUCAAGUGAAGAAGAAUAUUUCGAUUCUGAUGAUGUCAUGACAAACCGCCUUCCUCGAACACGUUCUACUGCAGUACAGAGUUUGCCUUCCCAUGACACCAACCUGCCCAUGGUUACUACAGCUAGCACAAAGCAAGAGUUUAGGAGGAGAUAUGUCCCGCAUGGAUGGCCUCAUAAACUGGAUCCACUUGAGCCAGUUUUAUUGUUCACUAAACCUCUACUUCCAGAUAAGUUGGCCAUGGCAGGCAUUAUGCCACCGGAUUCUAUAGCAACAAAUGGGGUGUCAUCGCCAUCGUAUAGAUUUCGCGGGCGAAUGGGUAGAGGUGGUCGGAUAAUAUUUGACCGGUGGAAUCCUCUUAUGCAAACUCCAAUUGAUUGUGGUAAUUCUUAUUAUAUGCCUCCCAAACCACGACCUUCAACAUGUAACUAAUUUGUUUUUGUUAUCUGAUGCUAAAAUGGUACCUUUCCUGUUGGUUAGAAUUUAAUUGAUAAUCAUUGGGAAGGUAAAAUGUUGCAAUGGAAACUUGUAAACAUGAUUUAGGUCUGUAAGGUUUUCUCUUCUUUUUCUAGGUACAAGGUCAUUCAAGUAUUUUUCAUUGGGGGCAGUGAAGCUAGAUGCAUUUUGUAUUGAUAUAUCUUCGAGUUUCCUCUGCCUUGGUUCAUGCAAUGGGUUUUUUAUUUUUUUUCUGUAUAAAAAAAAUAAGGUAAAGCUUCCAAAGAACCAAAAUAACACUUUCAAAAUAAAUUCACAUGAUAACAUCUGAAUUUACUUGUGAUUUCUUUUUGAGUGGGUCGAUUUCAGUUUUGAUGCAUGCAAAUACCUUAUUGAAGUCUUGUUAAAUGACCUUUUGAUCGUGGUUAGCAAUACCAAUUCUAACUUGGAAUCUAUUGGAUAGAAGUAUUUUGGACUC